CAAUGGGAAACUAAGCAUUUUUAUUUUAUAUUUCAAGCAGGCAGCUGGGUUCGUUGACUUUCUUUGAGGAGCGCGUGAACCAACAGGACACUGUCGUCUUUUAGAAACGGAGCCACCCUUGACUCACUGCCAACAGCCCCGCAUCUACGGUGGCCAGAGUUCUCCUCUCGACACCUGGCGCCCGUGGUGUCUGACUAUAAUGGCGUCCACGGCCGAUUUCGGCCACGGCAGCUGUUUUCAUUUAAGGAGAUCAGACAGCUGCGCAGGACAUAUUAUAGUGCACGAGCAUUUGCGCAGACACAGGUGCACUCACUAUUCCUUCAUUCGUAUAACCCGAUGGGACGACAAUCUAUAAUUCGUUGGUCAGUGAUGAUUCCUGCAGUAGGUACCUAUGUCUAGAGUAUUUUCAUCCUCCGAGCCUUUUACCAAUCAUGUUGGGGUCGGCUUCCAGUCUAAUCGGAUUCAGCUGAAUACCAGUGCUUUACAAGAAGCGACAAGAAGAAGUAGGUACCUAUGUCUAGAGUAUUUUACGAUGUUUAAUUAAUGUAAACAUAAUGAUUUGUCUCACAAAUAUAGAGCUAUUGGUCGCUUGUAUUGCUAUAUAAACAAAUUCGACCUUCGCUAACAGGUUUGAAUGUAGUAGGUAUAUUGCUGUUUGUGCAUUAAAUAUUUUUUAUACCUCAUUGACGUAAACGAAAAUGCAUUUUUAGGGUUCCAAACUAUAAGGGCAAAACGGGACCAUAUUACUAAGACUUCACUUGUCUUUCCGUCUGCCACCAGUAUGACCUAUCUGUAAUCGUAAUGAUCUGUAUAUGUAAUCGUGAUAGUUACAUAUUUGAAGUUUUCAGAUGAUGUAUUUUUUUGUAGCCAGAGUAACAAUAAAAACUAAAAACUAGAAUAAAAUAGAUAUUUUAUGGGGCUCCCACAAAAUAAUGUGUUUUUUUUUGCCAUUUUAUAAAUUAUGUUACGGAAGUCUGUGCCCGAUUCCGACUCGUACUUGCCGGAAUUUUUUGUUUUGCGCGUAAAUGAUAACAAAUAACUUCAAAGUAAAUAAAAACCAAGUACCAAAAAACAAACGUUUUUGAUCUUUAUUUAGCUGCGUCUAAAAUUUUGAUUUUAGUUUUUUGAAGUAGGUACCUAAUAUGUUUUGAAUUCCUAUAAAUACUCGCUUGUCGCAAUGUUUUCGAAGAUUAGUUUGCAAUCAGGCGCAAGAUGUUGAGCUUCAUUCUAAUAAUUCUUGCACUUUGUUUAUUGUUUAUAUAUUUUAUGAGAGUUGAUUACUCGAGAGAACGUGAAGAAUCUAAAUCUGGUGUAUCUGUUACUCGGAGCCUGUGGUUGAAACGUCUGUGGCCAAAAACAAUAGUGCAUCCAUUACCUCCUGCGUUACCGGGUGCGCUGCCCAUCAUAGGACAUCUUCAUAAAGGAUUUACCUGGUCUUCUAAUCCCUUUAAUUUCUUUAAGACUUUAAGUGAAGACUGCGUGAGGCAGGGAGGUGUUACUGUUUUGAAACUUGGACCUGAAAUUCAUUAUGUAAUAACAGAUCCACAAGAUGCCUUGACAGCAGCAAAAUCAUGUCUUCGAAAACAUUAUGUGUUCGAAUUCGCUAAAGUUUGGCAGGGUAAUAACUUAGCAACUUCAUCAGGAGAAACAUGGAAACAACAUCGCAAGAUGAUUAACCCAGCGUUCAGUCUGCCGGUGAUACACGGUUUCAUAGACUUGUUUAAUAAUCAGGCCAAGAAACUGCUCAAUACAUUGGAACCUUUCGUUGACAAAGGGCUAUUUGAUCACAGCACUUAUUUCCUCAGAAGCAACUUUGAAACGCUUUGUGCUGGUACAUUUGGAAUAGAUGCGAUCAGCCAGAAACAGCUAGAUAACUAUGUGAGCUCAGCAUAUGCAGUAAUUAAUCUUAUUGUAGCCAAGUUAUUCAAGGUUUGGCUGCAAAUCCACCUGAUUUACAAGCUGUCUGGGCUAAAGAAGAAGGAAGAUCAAUUAGUGGAGAAUUUACAUUCAUUGACGGAAACAGUUUUACAAAAGAAAAAACUUGCAAGGGAAAAUGAAGCUUUGUCCAACACAGUCGAAUCAAAAACUAGCGGCUUACAGUACAAACCUGUCUUAGAUCUGCUGGUAGACCUGUCAGCAAAUGGUGCUUUAACAGAAAAAGAAGUUAAAGAACAAACUGAAGCACUUCUAACAGCUGGUUUUGAAACUACAUCCAAUCAGAUGGCAUUCAUGACAAUGCUGUUAGGGGCACAUCCUGAAGUUCAAGAUAAAUUGUAUGAAGAGCUUGUAGCAGUACUGGGUCCUGACAGAGAUGUAGGAAAGGAGGAUUUGAACAAACUGGUUUACACAAACGCAGUUAUAAUGGAGACUGUUCGAGUGUUUCCAGCUGUACCUGUUAUACUAAGAUGCGUAGAUCAGGAUGUGAAACUAAAAAACUACACGAUGAGUGCAGGCACUUACUGUAUUAUAUUUCCUCUGGUUCCGAACAUUCCAACCAAAGAAUUUAAAGGGGAUCAGUUCAAGCCUGAAAGAUGGCUGGAUGAUACUUUCAACUGCAAACAAGACUUUGCUGGAUUCGGAUUGGGAAAACGUGGUUGUACAGGUAAAACAUAUGCGAUGACAGCUAUGAAGGUGAUGUUGGCGCACUUCAUACGGCGGUACCGAGUGCGAGCUGACAUGAGUCAGCUGCAAGUGUCUGCGGACUUCGUGCUCAAACCUGUGUCGGGACACGAGAUCAGCAUUGAACGAAGACAUUGUACAGCAACUUAACCUAUGUUUUGAGAUUACUAAUGAUUGUUAUGCUGAAUUUUAUGUAAAACUUCUAAUAAAAUGAGUAUGAUAUGAUUGA